GGCCUUUUUGAAACAUAUCCCUGGAACUCCUUUUUACAUCAGGCCGUUGUUGGGAUCACUGAUUGUCUGCUAUACCAACUAAUCGGUCCACAACCUCGCAUUUCGUUUGGCUCUUACCAACAAAGCACAAUAACUUGCAAUGUCAGCACUGCUAACAACCUUCCGAUUUUCGGCUCGGACGAUUCUGCUCUAACUUCUGAAGCAGAGGGCAUCUCGACCACUUCCAGGGGACCAGAUAAUACCAUAACAAAGGGAGACUGCUUUGAAAUUAAUCCUGUUAAACCUUCAGAUGAAUCAGACUUGUUCAAGACAUAUUUAACAAAUCCCAGAGAGGACAAAUCUGAUCUGAAGGAAGAGGAGCAAUCUACAGAGAAAUCUACCGCAACGCCUCCAUCAUUUGUAAAUGAUAUAUUAAAGUCUGAAUUUUUGGAUGCCUCGAUUAAAGAUAUGUCUAUUGCCGAUAAAGAUCAACGCAUUUUAUCUGGUCUCCGCUAUCUGCUUCUGGGGGAUACCGGGUUACCUGCUUGGUUGACUCGUUUGAUACCGAUUCCUUCUGAGAGACCCACUGAAAGCCAAUUUGACCCAAGUUGGUGCCUGCGUGCCUCCUCUCGCCGUCCCAAACCUGGCUACUCAGGACACCUUUGGCGAAUGGCUAGUACUUUGCAUUAUGUUGGUUCUUCGCUUGACUGCCAUCUAACUUCACAGAUAUCAAAGCCACCUACCGAUAUGCCAAUUAAAUUUAGUGAGGAUUUUAUUUCUUCUCUAACAUCUACAUCCGAGUCAACUCCCGAUUCGAAAUCUAAACUUGAAAAAUUCUCUCUUCUGCCAGAGCAGAACAUAGAUUCACAGUCCUCGCUGGAGCCUGAAGGUCAGGGAUUAACGGUCUCUACCGAAUUAUUUAAAGUAGAAUCGGUAUUGGCGACCAACCAGUGCGAACCUACUGCAGCCUCAGGAAUAAGGACGAUCAAAAUGUUCAAUAGUGUAAUGCAGGGUGAGUUCUUAUUAUUCGUAUUUAUUUUAUAA